AUGGGUAAUGUUCAAAAUAAAAAUGUACAACCUCCUGCACAUAUUGAUGCACCUAAGCAUGCUUCAAAUAAAGUAUCAAGAAAAAUUGUUCCUAUAGAUAGAUCAGAUGAUAUACUUGCAAAAGUUCCAAAAAUUUAUCCACAAAGAUGUUGUUAUUUAAGGUUAAAACGUAUGCAACGAGUUCAUGAUUAUUUAAAAAUGGAAAAAGAUUAUGUAAAAGUAACAUCUAAAAAUCAAAAAUUUGAUAAAAAUAUUAUUGAAGAUAAAAAAACUAUUAAUAAACUUCGAGGAAAAGUUGUAGGAAUUGGUAAAAUACUAGAACUUUUUGAGGAUGAAAAACAUGCUAUUGUAUCAAUGUCACACUCAAAAAGAGAAUUUUAUGUACCAAUUUUAUCAAUUGUUGACAAAUCUUUAUUAAGAAUUAAUUCAACAGUUCUUGUUAAAGCUGGUGGUACAUCAAAAAAUAUACCUGUAGCAGUUGUUGGUGUAUUAAAAAAUAAUGAUGAUGAAACUAUUAAUACUUAUAAAGUAACUAAAAAACCAAAAGAAACAUUUAGUGAGAUUGCUGGAUUAGACCAACAAAUAAUUGAGUUAAGAGAAGCUGUAGAAUAUCCUUUAACUCACCAAGAAUUAUAUGAUCAAAUGGGAAUAAAUAGUCCCAAAGGUGUUAUAUUAUAUGGCCCACCUGGGACAGGAAAAACAUUAUUAGCUAAAGCAAUUGCUAAUUCAACAAAUGCAACAUUUUUAAGGGCUUGUGGUAGUGAUCUUGUACGAAAAACUUCUGGUGAAGGUCCAAAACAAAUAAGAUAUCUUUUUGAGAUGGCUAAACAAUAUGCACCAUGUAUUUUAUUUUUAGAUGAAAUAGAUGCUAUUGGAACAAAACGUUUUGAUACAUCUUGUAAGGGUGAAAAAGAAAUUCAACGUACAAUGUUAGAACUUCUUAAUCAAUUAGAUGGUUUUGAUGAUCGUGGAGAGGUAAAAAUAAUAAUGGCAACUAAUAGAAUAGAAUCACUUGAUCCUGCAUUAAUAAGACCAGGAAGAAUAGAUAGAAAAAUAGAGUUACUUCAACCAGAUCAAAAAUCUAAAUUACGUAUUUUUAAAAUACACUCAGGUCAAAUGAAUUUGGACAAAGAUAUAAAUUUUGAAAAAAUAUUGUCAAAAGAAAAAAAUAUGAGUGGAGCUGAGAUUAAAUCUAUAUGUAGUGAAGCUGGAAUGUUAGCAUUACGUAACUUUCGUAAAAUUGUAAAAAUGAAUGAUUUUGAAACAGCAUUGAAAAAUAUAUUUCUUAAAACAAAAAUAGAAAAAGAAGAAAUUUAUUUAUAA